AGCUCACACAACAGCACUCGGGGGCGGGCAUUGACUUAAAGACGUUGAGCAAACGGGCGGCGGAUUCACAGCAGGCAGCAGCGGCAACGCUACCAUGGCGGCAGACUUGGCUGCCCUUAAGGACUGGGUAAUCGCCGCGGACGGUGAGCAGUUCUCCCGGCUGCCGGAGGGAGUCGUGAGCGUCAACAUUUCGCACUCCAACAUCACCGCGCGCAUGAUCGAGCUCAAGUUCGACCUCAGCCAGACGAUCGGAGACGUAAAAGGCAAGAUCUACACGCACUGCGGUACCAAUCCGGGGAUGCAGAAGCUCAGCCUACGCUCGGGCGGGCAGACGAUGUGCCAGCUGGAUGACGACUCGAAGAUGCUGGGGUUCUAUGGAGUGCAGUCGGGGAUGGAGAUACACGUGACCGACGAUGAUCCGUUCUCCCUCACUCGCGGAGGGGCAUUGGAAGACUUGUCGCGGGUGCCAAAGUACCGGAUGAGCGAGGAGGACUACGACAGAAGAGAGGGGACGCUCAGGAGCUGGGUGAAGGAACAGAAGGCGAAAGACUCGACUUGGGUGGAGCCGUGGAUCGAGAAAGAACGGGAAGCCAAGAGGGCAGCGGGCAAAGCCCCAUCGGACGGGCCCUCGCCCGGGAAGGACAGCGUGGAAGGGAUCGCCGUGGAGCAACGGUGCGAAGUGCAGCCGGGGGGCAGGAGAGGGGUGGUGGAGUACGUGGGAGAGGUGGAAGGCUUGCAGGCGGGCUACUGGGUGGGUGUUCGCUUCGACGAGCCGGUGGGCCGCGGGGACGGCACGGUGCGAGGGAAGCGCCUGUUCGAGUGCCAGAAGGGCUUCGGGGGCUUCGUGCGCGGGAAGAACGUAACGUCCGGGGAUUUCCCGGAGAGGCCGUUCGAUGAAUUGGACGACGACGAAGACGAGGACGAGAUUUAGCCUGGACGGACCGUGUGUCGAGGGCCUUGCCGCCGUGGUUGCGACGGCGGUGUGGAUGACGACAGCUGGGUUAGAGUGAGGAUCUCGCUUUCUCGAGAUUCGUUGUUUUUUGGACCAGUUCUCGGUGUGGCAGACGACGCGGUGGCAGCGGGCAACACGAAGACGAAGAUCAGGACUAGCCUACAACUGUUGUUCAUACCGUCAUGACUGGCUGGAGUCCACACGGGGUGUAUGUGUGUGUGUGGCUUGAGGCGAUUCGUGUGAAUGAGCUCCUUUUCUGUCUGUCGAAGCGUCACGCAGAGGGAGAGUGCCGCCGAAUAUGAAGUGUACAUAGCAAGAAAAUGCUUAGGUUAUGUGUCACCGUUGAAGUUGACUAUGCGAACGAGCUUCAAUGUGAUACUAUGGAAAAUCGGAAGGCCAUCAAUCACCUAGAAGGCUGGCGAAGGUCUGAAAAGCAACCUUCCGGUGAAGCGUCUCCAGUCGAAAGAAGUAUCGUCCCUUGGCACGUGUGCAGUGCGAUGUCCUCGGCGCAUGACGGGCACGGUGAUUGUCC